GGAGCAUCGUCAGACGGCUCAAACCACAACCCUUUUCAUCAAGAAGCCCAUCUCUGAAACAAUCUCGCCUUCAUGGCCCCAUGGCCCGUCUCGCUUCCCCGUGUAAAAAGAAAAAUCCAGCACGAGCCGACCAAAAUCUCGCCUUCCCCUAUUAAAACGGAAUCGGGAAAGAGACAGACGGGAAGCCACUACCACCGCUGUGCGAGAUCGACGCGCUUUUCUCUUCCCUAAGCUCCUGUCUUCCUUUCUUGUUCUUCUUCUUAGCUGAGACUAAGAUCCAAGAAGAAGAAGGGAGGAGAAAGGGAAGAGGGAAAAAAAGAAAAGGAAGAGAGAGAUGGCCAGUUACAGGACGGAAGACGACUACGACUAUCUGUUCAAGGUGGUGCUGAUCGGGGAUUCAGGGGUGGGGAAGUCGAAUCUUCUGUCGAGGUUCACCAGGAACGAGUUCAGCCUCGAGUCCAAGUCCACCAUCGGCGUCGAGUUCGCCACCCGCAGCCUCAACGUCGACGGCAAGGUCAUCAAGGCCCAGAUUUGGGACACCGCCGGCCAAGAAAGGUAUCGCGCCAUCACCAGUGCAUACUACCGAGGAGCUGUUGGUGCUUUGCUUGUCUAUGAUGUUACCCGGCAUGUGACAUUUGAGAAUGCGGAGCGCUGGUUGCGGGAGCUGAGAGACCAUACAGAUCCAAACAUAGUCGUUAUGCUCGUCGGAAACAAAUCUGAUCUUCGUCAUCUUGUAGCUGUUUCAACUGAAGAUGGGAAGGCUUUCGCAGAGAGAGAGUCGCUCUAUUUCAUGGAGACAUCUGCACUGGAAGCAACAAAUGUGGAAAAUGCCUUUGCAGAGGUAUUGACUCAGAUCUAUCGAAUUGUAAGCAAAAAGGCAGUGGAGGCAGCUGAUGACUCCGCCUCUGCAGUCCCCAGCAAAGGAGAGAAAAUUAAUGUGAAGGACGAUGUUUCUGCACUAAAGAGAGUUGGCUGCUGCUCGUCUUAAGUUAUGAAGGACCUUUCUGAGGUAAGGGGCCUAUUUCAGAUGCUUCAUGUGAUUUGCUGUAAUAGAUUUCUUUUUCUAUUUAGUCGAGACAUUAUUUGUAGCUGAAGGAUUUGAUUAGGUUCCGUUUUUAUUACAUGUCCUCCAAGAACAUGAGAGCUUGAUUAGGUUUGGUUUUUACUAGAUUUGUUAUAUUGAGAUGAUGGCCAAGUUUAUUAGAAAGUCUGUUUUUGGAGACAUGUAGUUCUACGUUUCCAUGCUUAAAUUGUAGCAAUAGCACCGAGAUUCUAGGUGGAUUCAAAGUUUUCAAGUUAUUGGCAACACGUUGCAGCACUGAAAAUCCACAGAGCUCCAGGUGAUGAUAAUUCGGUUCCGAGCCCGUUAUGCAAGAAAGAAUGAGAAUGAUGCUACCUUUUUCUGAAAUAUUUCUUCCUUUUUCUGGAGAGAGAAAUUGUUGAAUCUUUUUUUUCCUUCUCCAAAGCAGGAUACUGGUUGUCUGAUCCAUUUUGUUGUUUAAAA